UCAUUUAUUUAUUCAUUCAUUUAUUUAUUUAUUCAUUUAUUUAUUCAUUUAUUUAUUUUAUUUUCCCCCCGCAGUUUCUUCCCCGUUUUCCGGUUCUCCUCUCCCGGUGUGAUCCCGUUUUUUCCGGCCGGGAUGGGAUCGGGAAUCCUUCCCGUGGUGCUGGGGUUGAUCCUUUGGAAUUGCGUCGGAGCUUCCGAUCCGUGCCGGGAGAAUUCCAAGUGCCGGGAUCUGAGCAGCGAAGCCGGAAUUCUGGCCUGCGCGGGAUCGUGCCGGGCCCGGCUUUCCUUGGAAUCUCCGCUUUUUCCUGGGAAUGGGCAAUUCCAGCCCCUCUCCGAGAGCCUCCGCAGGUACGUCAUGAGCCACUUCCGGUGGAACCAAUUCGGUCGGAAAAACAGCAGCGAUCCCGGGAUGAGGAAACGGGAAGAGGGAGCCGGGAACGAUCCCGGAAUUCCCUUUUCCCGCCGUUCGGAAGAGGCGGGAAAAGACGGGAAGCGCUCGUAUUCCAUGGAGCACUUCCGGUGGGGAAAACCCGUCGGCCGCAAGAGGAGACCAGUCAAGGUUUAUCCCAACGGAGCCGAGGAGGAAUCGGCGGAGAAUUCCCAGCUGGAAUUCCGGCGGGCAGAGCCCUCGGAAGAGGAGGAGGAAGAGGAAGAGGAGGAAUUCCCGAAAUUCCCACGGAAUUCCCAGAAGAAGAAGCGUUACGGAGGCUUCAUGAGCUCGGAGAGGAUCCGGACUCCGCUGGUGACGCUCUUCAAGAACGCCAUCGGGAAAAGCUUUUCCAAGGACGGGCAGUGACGGAAAAAUCCGGGAAAGAAAUUUAAAAAAAAAACAACAACAACAAAAAAAAAACAAACAAAAAAAAAACAAAACGGAAAAAAUCCGGGAAAAAUCCCACGGGAUUCGAGCCGCCCCCUCCCCUGUAGUGUCCCCUUAGCGCUUAAUCCUUCCUAAUUAAAAUUAAAAAAAAAUAAUAAAAUACAUAUAUAUUAAAAUUAAGAAUCCCGGGAUUCCGGGUGGGAAUGAGGGCGGUGGAAUUCUUGGCUGGGGAUUCUUGGAAUGGGACGGAACCCGGUCGGGAAUUCUUGGGAUGGCAGGAUCCCGUAAAAAUAUCGUAAAGGAGGGAUGGAAAAUUCCCGAAGAAAUUUAAAAAAAAAAAAAAAAAAAAAAAGAUUAACGGAUGAGAGCGUUUGG